AUGGUGAGGGGGAAGACGCAGAUAAGGAGGAUAGAGAACCUGGCCAGCCGGCAGGUGACCUUUUCCAAGCGCCGGAGAGGCCUUCUGAAGAAGGCCUUUGAGCUCUCCGUGCUCUGCGAUGUUGAGAUCGGCCUCAUCAUCUUUUCAGCCCAUGGGAAGCUCUACGAAUUCACCAGCUCCAGGUUGACCCUCCUCCUCCUCUCUCCCUCUCUCUCUCCAUCUCCUCUUCCUACUGACAAACUGCUGAAGGAGGCAGAUAAAGAAAUUGGUCAUCAGAAAACGAUUACCUCCCUAUCAAAAUCUGCAGAUGGCUCUCAUUUUCUAAUAGGUUCAUCAGAUAAAUUUGCCAAGAUGUCCGGAAAAGCAGAGGAAGGAAUCCUUUUGGCUCCUAACAGUUAA